AUGUCGAGAGCGUCGAGAGCGAUGACGCACGCCACCGCGAGUGCGUCUCGCGGCGCGCGCGAUGGGUCGUGGACGCCCGACGCGAACGCCGCGAGGUUCGGGACGAGCGAUAUAUGCGAUGUCCAUCACCCUGGACUCGUGGACGACGUCAUCGGGACGUCGGCGUCGCGCGUACGCGUGGCGCGCGCGAACGCGUUGAAGGACUACGGCGGGCUGAGACGGUUUCGGGGCGAGGUGAGCACGGUUUUGUGUUUCGAGAAUAACCCGCUCGUGCGGUUAGCGCUCGAGGAACCUGGCCUCGGGCGAGUGCUCGUCGUGGACGGCGGUGGGAGCGAGCGGUGCGCGCUUCUCGGGGAUAACUUGGCGGAGACGGCGGCGCGAAACGGUUGGAGCGGCGUCAUCGUGAACGGAUGCGUGCGAGACUCCGAGGACAUCGCCAAGUUCAACGUCGGCGUCAAGGCGAUCGGGACACAUCCGUUGAAGAGUAGUAAGCGAGAUCCGGGUCUUCGAGACGUUCCCGUGACGUUCGCGGGCGUGACGUUCGUUCCGGGCUCGUACGUGUACGCGGACGCCGACGGAAUCGUCGUCUCGCCGGAGAAAUUAGAAAUAUGA